AUGGCGCAGGCGAUCUUUGAGGCCCUGGAGGGGAUGGACAAUCAGACCGUUCUGGCCGUCCAGUCAUUGUUGGAUGGCCAAGGAGCAGUCCCUGAUCCGACAGGCCAGAGCGUCACUGCACCCCCUGCUAUCCAGCCACUGGAUGACGAGGAUGUCUUUCUCUGCGGGAAGUGUAAGAAGCAAUUCAACUCGCUGCCAGCAUUUAUGACCCAUAAGCGGGAACAGUGCCAGGGGAAUGCUCCCGCCCUGGCCACAGUCUCGCUGGCCACCAACAGCAUCUACACACCUUCAGCAGCACCCACGGCCGUCCAGCAGGCCCCACCUCCUGCCAAUCGCCAGAUCUCCACAUACAUCACAGUGCCCCCGUCCCCACUGAUCCAGACCCUGGUGCAGGGGAACAUCUUGGUGAGUGAUGAUGUGCUCAUGUCUGCCAUGUCGGCCUUCACGUCCCUGGACCAGCCCAUGCCCCAGGGCCCCCCGCCUGUGCAGAGCAGCCUGAACAUGCAUUCCGUGCCCACACCCCCACCCCAGAGCCUUGGCCCCCCUGGGCGUCCCAACCCUGGUGGGAAUGGCGUGGUGGAGGUGUACAGCACUGCAGCACCACUAGCUGGGAGUGGAACAGUGGAGAUCCAGGCAUUGGGGAUGCAGCCCUACCCGCCCCUGGAGGUGCCAAACCAGUGUGUGGAGGCUCCAGUAUACCCGACCCCACCGGUGUACAGCCCCGGCAAACAGGAAUUUAAACCAAGAGGACCAAACCCUGCUGCCCCCAUGACCAGCGCCACCGGGGGCACAGUGGCCACUUUUGACUCCCCACCGAUGCUGAAGACCCGACGGGCUAAAGGUGCCAGGGGACUCCCGGAAGCUGCUGGGAAGCCAAAGGCUCAGAAACUCAAGUGCUCAUACUGUGACAAAUCAUUCACCAAAAACUUCGACCUGCAGCAGCACAUCCGAAGCCACACCGGUGAGAAACCCUUCCAGUGCAUUGCAUGUGGCCGUGCCUUUGCCCAGAAGUCUAACGUCAAGAAACACAUGCAGACCCACAAGGUGUGGCCUCCAGGGCGCAGCGGUGGCACCAUUGCUCGCAACUCUGUGACUGUACAGGUCAUGGCCCUGAACCCCAGCAGGCAAGAGGACGAGGAAAACACAGUGUUGGGCCAGCCCCUGCCGAGUGCGCCACAGCCCCAGGCCUUGCCCGCGACAGGCGAGGAUGAGGGGGACAAGCUGGAGCUGAAGCAGGUGGUCCUCAUCAACAGCUCCUACCUGUGCCAGUUCUGCCCCAGCAAGUUCAGCACCUACUUCCAGCUCAAGUCCCACAUGACCCAGCAUAAGAACGAGCAGGUGUACAAGUGCGUGGUCAAGAGCUGUGCCCAGACGUUCCCAAAGCUCGACACAUUUCUGGAGCACAUCAAGAGCCACCAGGAGGAGCUGAGCUACCGCUGUCACCUCUGUGGCAAGGACUUCCCCUCGCUAUACGACCUGGGUGUGCACCAGUAUUCCCACAGCCUCCUGCCACAGCACAGCCCCAAGAAGGACAGCACUGUCUACAAGUGUGUCAAAUGUGUCAACAAAUACUCCACCCCUGAAGCCCUGGAGCACCACCUGCAGACCACCACUCACAACUUCCCUUGCCUGCACUGCCAGAAGGUGUUUCCUUGCGAACGCUACCUGCGGCGUCACCUGCCCACCCACGGCAAUGGGGGCAGGUUCAAGUGCCAGGUAUGCAAGAAGUUCUUCCUGCGGAAGCACUACCUCAAACUGCACGCUCACAUCCACUCAGGCGAGAAGCCCUACAAGUGCUCAGUGUGCGAGUCUGCGUUCAACCGCAAGGACAAACUGAAGAGACACAUGCUGAUCCAUGAGCCCUUCAAGAAAUACAAAUGCCCCUUCUCGGCGCACACAGGCUGCAGUAAGGAGUUCAAUCGGCCGGACAAGCUGAAGGCUCACAUCCUCUCCCACUCUGGCAUGAAGCUCCACAAAUGCGCCCUGUGCAGCAAGUCCUUCAGCCGCCGUGCCCACCUCACUGAGCACCAGCGCGUCCACACAGGCAACUACAAGUUCCGCUGUGCUGGCUGUGCCAAGGGCUUUUCUCGCCACAAAUACCUCAAGGAUCAUUGCUGCCACCUUGGCCCUCAAAAAGACAAGGACCUGCAAGCCCGGCGGCCCCCCCGGAGGAGGGCAGCUCCCCGCAGCAGCAGCAAUGGUGGGCGAAAGGUGGUGACCCCCUUGCCUGACCCGCUGGGGCUGGAGGAGCUGAAGGACACAGGAGCUGGGCCAGUGCCCGAGGCUGCCCCGGGCAAGCCACCCUUCGCGGAGCCGGAUGCUGUGCUGUCCAUCGUGGUGGGUGGCACGGUGGGCGGAGAACCUGAGCUGGUGGUGCCUGGACAUGCUGAAGGGCUGGGCUCCAACCUGGCACUGGCGGAGCUGCAGGCUGGGGCUGAGGGCCCCUGUGCCAUGCUCGCUGUGCCUGUCUACAUCCAGGCCUCGGAGUGACAGACCUGGGAUGUUUGCUCCCACGGGCUGGCCUGAUGCUUACGUUUGGGCUCAGGGCUUCUGGGGGAAGACGAGAGAGAGCCUUCCCAAUGAAAGUGAGCCAUUUGCAGAGGUCCUUUGGAAUGUCUUCAUAAACCUUGGCCUGUGGCCACUCUCUUGUGUCCCCAUCCUGCUGGAAAGCCCUGUAGCAUUCUGGAAUCUGGGGCAGGACUGCCUGUGGUUUCUGGAUGGAGCGAUGGCAAGAGAGAUGGUUGGAGCCUGAGCAGCCCAGGGUCACCUAAGAGAGAAGACAGGAUGGUCCCACCCACCCCUCAUCCAGAAUGCCUUGGGGUGGCC